GCGGCCAAGUACUGCCAACAGACGCUACAACGCCAAUUGCAAUUUGCUGGACACACUGAAGCUCUGCUUACGCGGCUUGGCGUGGAGAAUCACAAGGUGGCGAGCACGGACGGCGACACUGUGGCGGUGCCGCCCAGUGAUUGGCUAGUUUCUUCUGUAGUUCGAAUUGACCCCGUUGAGUGGGCCACCAAUGCCUCCACCCUUGGCGAAUACUAUCUAGCCUGCGGUCAUUACGAGGCCGCUUUGGAGUGCCUCUUAUCGGCAUGGACGUAA